UAAGUUUUAACAGGAGCAGAACUCGAUGAGUUAAAGAGUAACUAUAGAAAUGAUAGUAUGUCCUUAUUGCAUUUUAAUGCGCUGACAACUUAUGUUUUGACCUAAUAGAAUGCCGCCAAAACGAGGACGACCAAGAGGAGGGGGCAGGAUUCCCCGAAAUGAAAGAAGAGACCCAGAAACAGUGCCAGAACCAGAACCCGAAAUAGUUCAACCACCUGUUCAGCCAGAACGACGGAUUGAAGAAUUAUUUUUGCGACAGAACCCACCUACUUUCAACGGGACAGGAGACCCGGCAGAAGCUGAAACUUGGGUUCGCGCUAUUGAACGCAUUUUCAACUUCCUGCGUUGCACCGACCAAGAACGCCUGACUUGUAUGUCCUUUCAGUUGACUGGGUCAGCUGAUUUCUGGUGGGAAGCAAGGAUGAAAACGAUGACAGCAGAGCAGUUAGAAAAUCUGACCUGGGAACAAUUCAAAGCCGGUAUAUAUGACAAGUAUAUACCCAAGAGCUACCGCAAGAAAAAGGAAGCUGAAUUUUACAAUCUGAAACAAGGGAAGAUGUCGGUAACUCAAUACGACAGGAUGUUCUGCGAUAUGUCUAGAUAUGCACCGGAACAAGUUGACACAGAUGAGAAGAUGGCUGAAAAGUUUUGUGCCGGUCUGAGGCACGAAAUUAGGAUGGCUUUGGCAAGCCACGGAGGAUUGUCUUACACUGAGUCGCUCAGCCGAGCAUUAGACAUUGAAGCAGCUAUGCCAGGAGAAAGACCUGCAACUGUACCUACGCCAGCACCUUCACAUGAUCAGAAUCAUAAUCAAAAUUUUAGAGGAAAGAGGAGAUGGGACAACAGUAACCCGAACCAAGGUGAGAAGAGGCCAUGGCAGGGACGGGUUUUCCAGUCACAGGGCUAUGGAGGCCAGAGUGCACCGAAACAGAUGGGAAAUAACCAACAGAGGGCCCCACAUUGUCCCAAAUGUAACAAAAAUCAUGUGGGAAUCUGUAAGGCCGGCAGUGAUAGUUGCUAUAUCUGUAACCAGAAGGGGCACUAUGCAAACCGGUGCCCGAAUAAGCAACAUGGAACGGGUUCAAGGCCAAACCCACCUAUCCAGGCUCCACCUCUGCGAGCAAUUCAAGCUUUGCCCCAAUCAUACCCAAGGCAGCAACCACAGUAUCAGCAGCCACAACAGCACCAACAGCUACAGUACCAACCCCAACCUCAACAACCAUAUCAGCAACAGGCCCGCCAACAACAGCAGCGACAACAGAAACAACAUGAAAAACCUCGUCAUGCUAGAGCCUAUGCUAUGAGGCAGAAGCAGCCCGAGAACAACCAGGGAAACCUGGCAGGUAUGGGCAUGCUACUCAAUACUCCUGUUGUACUUCUAUUUGAUACGGGCGCAUCGCAUACUUUCAUUUCAAGUACAUGUGUUGACACAUUAAAACUUAAAAUGGAAAGAGCUGACCAAGAGUUGAGUAUAUCAUCACCUAUAGGAGGGAUGACGACAGUAGAUCAUGUGUGCUUGAACCUAGAACUGAACAUAGGGUCACACAAGAUUGUAGUGAACAACUCGUAUGUUAUUCCAAUGGGAGAUGUGGACAUAAUCCUAGGAAUGGACUGGCUAGCCGAGAACUAUGCCACCAUCCUUUGUAACGAAAGACGGAUAUCGUUUCGACCCCCAGGAAGGGAGCCGUCACAUUUCCACGGAAUUAGUAUGGGAAGAAGAAAGAUGAUCAUCUCCGCCCUACAAGCAACGAAAAUGAUGAAGAAGGGAUACCCAGCUUACCUCGUAUAUUUACACGGAGAACUGGGUACUGAAAAGAGUAUAGAAGAUGUAGCAAUUGUACGGGACUUUUCAGAUGUAUUUCCAGAGAUUCUACCAGGGCCACCACCGGACAGACCAAUUGAGUUUACCAUUGAUUUGGAGCCCGGGGCAGCUCCCAUUUCGAAGGCACCAUACCGGAUGGCUCCUAAAGAGUUGGAAGAACUCAAAAUACAACUGCAAGAACUUUUGGAACUUGGAUUCAUUAGGCCAAGUGUAUCACCUUGGGGUGCACCUGUACUUUUUGUGAAGAAAAAGGAUGGCACAUUGAGAAUGUGCAUAGACUAUAGGGAACUGAACAAAGUGACACUGAAGAAAAAAUAUCCUUUACCAAGGAUAGAUGACCUCUUCGACCAGCUCAAGGGAGCAAGCGUGUUCUCGAAGAUUGAUUUGCGGUCUGGUUAUCACCAGCUGAAGAUUCGACCAGAAGACGUACCUAAGACGGCAUUUCGAACUAGGUAUGGCCACUACGAAUUUGUAGUUGUGCCAUUCGGGCUAACUAAUGCGCCAGCCGUGUUCAUGGACCUCAUGAAUCGAGUGUUCCAUCCGUAUUUAGACAAAUUUGUCUUGGUAUUCAUAGAUGACAUCCUGAUCUACUCGAAGAACGAGAAAGACCAUGAGGAACAUCUGAGAAUUGUCCUAGAAACGUUGAGGACGGAGCGCCUUUACGCCAAAUUCAGCAAGUGCGAGUUUUGGCUCAGCGAAGUCACAUUUUUAGGACAUAUUGUGUCAUCAGAAGGGAUUAAAGUGGACCCUGAAAAAGUGCAAGCGGUGCGCGAAUGGAAAUCGCCUACUAACCCUAAUGAGAUAAGAAGUUUCUUAGGAUUGGCAGGUUACUAUCGGAGGUUUAUGGAAGGAUUUUCCAAAAUUGCAAGGCCAAUGACGCAACUACUCAGGAAGGGAAUAAAAUUUUCUUGGACAGAGGAGUGCGAGAAGAGCUUCCAAGAACUUAAGGAGAAGUUAACUACGGCACCAGUGUUAGCCGUCCCAACAGCUGAUAAGGAAUACAUGAUCUACACAGACGCGUCCAAAAAUGGACUUGGUUGCGUGCUGAUGCAAGAAGGAAGAGUGAUAGCAUAUGCGUCACGACAGCUUAGGCCACAUGAACUGAAUUACCCGACUCAUGAUCUGGAAUUAGCUGCAGUGGUGCAUGCGCUGAAGAUUUGGAGGCACCACCUAUAUGGAGUUAGGUGUGAAAUAUUCACAGAUCAUAAAAGCCUGAAAUACUUUUUCGAGCAAAAGGACCUCAACAUGAGACAAAGGAGAUGGCUCGAACUAGUGAAAGACUAUGACUGCGGUAUUAACUACCACCCAGGCAAGGCCAACGUAGUGGCUGAUGCAUUGAGUCGUAAGACCCAAUCUAAAUUGGGAGCUCUCAUCACUCGAGAGACGGUGCUCAUAAGGGAAUUUAGCAAAAUGAGCAUAGAAGUGGUUAAACCACCAGGGACGAUAGCAAGCGUUGUGGCAACAGUACCUAACUUGAGGAAGAUGAUCGUAGAAGCACAAAGAAAAGACGGGAAGAUGGAAAAACUACGGGAAGCAGUAAGAAAAGGAGGCGUCAAGAAUUAUCAAGAAUUAUUCCUCAUCUCAAUCAUCAAUACCACAACAGCCAACCAACAAGCUAGAUACUCAAGUCGAGCUCAAGGAAGACGACGGCGAAGCCGAAGGUUCCAGCAGCAGCGGCGUCGGGGCUCGGGGAAUCAACGACGACGGUGGCCUGGUGCUCCUACUGCUGUCGAUCCAGAGAUAGCAGUGGGUGGAUGGCGGCUGGACGAGAAGCUGGUCGGCGGAGGGAGAGAUGGUGGGACCGAUCAACUGCUACUCGGCCACGGCCAGAGGAGAUCCGAGGGAGGAGGCGGAUCUGCUGCGAGGACGCCGGAGGCGGCGGCGCAGCCGCUGGAUGAGAGGGAGCUAGGGCUCGGGCGCCGCUCUUCGCGGUGGGAUGCUGGGGUUUAA